AUGAGUUGGAGGGAAAAGGGGCGGCCGUUUCUGCGGAGUCCUUUUCUUUUGGACACAAGAGAAUUUAUCACAGACAAGUGCAUCCUUCGACAGUUGACGCACUUUGCUCAUGUCCAUCGCCUUGGAAGUCCACUGUGGCUUGGCUGGGAAUUGGCGGCAGGUCUUGGGCUUACUCUGAGGUACAUGCAGAGCCCUUUAAACAUUUGGUCUCCCCUGAUGGGCGAGAGCUUCUUUCCUCUCAAUAAGGCAUCUACUUUUUCGGAUGCCGUCAUGCAAAAAUAUCCGUUAAGACAGUUUCUGCAUUUUUCAAAGAUAUCAUCAGCAGAGCAUCUCACUACGAAACAGAAUUUGGUUUUGUCAGCGGCAGCAAGUUCUGACGGGAACCCGAGGUGGUACAGGGUCCCGGAAGCCAUCGAACAUUUUUUUGAAUUGCCGUCGGAAUCUUCGUCUUUAUAUUGCCAUCCAAUACAACAGGUUAAUGAGGUUGGUUUAUUUGUGUUGUGGAUUUCCGCCGUGCUUUUUUCUCGAAUGAUGAUUGCUCCUGAAGCAAAACUGUUGGUCCAGACCCCAUCCAGUUACAUGUCUGUUGUGAAUGCUGACCAAUUAUAUCCAAGCAGCUUUUUGGCUGAAAAGGAGCUUGAGUGCCUUGUAUUGCAGUCGUAA